AUGAAUGGUAUUACAAAUGCUUUAAAAGAGGUCACUAAUAAACAUGCCCCAAUUAGGAAAACUUCUAAUGCCCAACAAAGGUUAUUAAAGAAGCCUUGGCUAUCAAAGGGUUUAUUAUUAUCAAUAAAAAGACGACAAAAAAUGUUCAAAUCUCACUUUCUCAGUAGAGAUUCAGAGAAAGUAAACCAAUACAAAAGAUAUAACAAUAAACUCAAUAAAUUAAAAGAACUAGCAAAGAAAAAAUACUUUAUUGCUCAAUUUAACCUUUAUAAACAAAAUAUUAAAGCCACUUGGGGCUUAAUUGGUAUGUUAAUUAAUAUGAAAAAGAAACCAACAAUCUUUACAAAUAAACUCUUCUAUAAAAAUAGAUGCUAAACAAGAUAUAUGUGAUAAACUUAAUUCGCACUUCAUAAAUGUCGGUCCAGAUUUUGCUGCUCAAAUACCUGAUUGCAAUGAUAAAAAUCCGGUUCAGUUUAUUAGAAGGUCAUUUAAGGACAGUUUUAUGUUCCGUGCAAUAUGUGUUCACGAAGUGCGGCACAUGUUGUAUGGACUAAAAACCAACAAAUCAUCAAUUGAUAUCCCACAAAAAUGUAUUAAACUUGCUGCUGAUCACAUUAGUGAUGUACUUACAGCGGUGUUCAACAACUCUCUUGAACAGGGAAUUAUGCCUGACAUUUUAAAGAUAUCUAGAAUAACGCCGGUAGAUAAAGGUGGUGAUAUCACUGACCCAUCAAAUUUUAGACCUAUUUCUACGUUAUACUCUUUUGCACAAAUCUUCGAAAAGUUAGUGUACUCACAAAUUUUGGGUUACCUGGAAAAACAUAACAUUUUAAGUAAAUUUCAAUUUGGUUUUCGAAAAGGCAGAUCAACAGAACAUGCUAUAGUGGAGAUAACUGAUAAUUUUAAGAAAGCGAUUGAUAAAAAUCUUUACACGUGCGGAGUAUUCUUAGACUUUUCCAAAGCGUUUGAUACAGUUAAUCAUCAAAUAUUGUUAAAAAAAUUAGAAGCAUACGGUAUAAGAGGAACUCCCUUAGAAUGGUUUACUAACUACUUGACAAAUAGACAACAAUAUGUAUCAUUGAAUAACCUGGAAUCACCUAAACAAACAAUUACAUGUGGAAUUCCACAGGGGAGUUCCUUGGGCCCACUGCUGUUCUUAAUUUACAUAAAUGAUAUGCCAAACUGUUUGAGCAAAUUAUCUUUUAGAAUAUUCGCUGAUGAUACUAACAUUUUUGCCUCCUCCUCCUCAAUUACUGACCUUGAAACACUAAUUAAUGAAGAGCUUACUAAAAUAAAAGAGUGGUGUGAUAUAAAUAAACUAUCUAUAGAUGUUAAGAAAACUAAUUAUAUGAUAAUUAAAUCUGCGAGGAAAUAG